UGUCAAAAAUGGCUGGUUUUUGUUUGCGGUGUUCGUGUUUUGAACGAAUAAAAUACGGUCCUGAUGAAUUAGAACAAUUUCAACGAAGUAGGAAAAUUGAUAAAAUGUUAGAGCUUGAUAAACGCUCUCGUCGUAAAUUAGUAAAACUGUUAUUAUUAGGUGCUGGUGAAAGUGGAAAAAGUACUUUCUUGAAGCAAAUGAAGAUAAUUCACGGAUUGAACUUCGAUGAUGAAACGAUUGCAGAAUACCGAGUUACGAUUUAUCAGAACGUUGUAAAAGGAAUGAAAGUUUUAGUUGAUGCUCGGGACAAGCUGGAAAUUCCCUGGCAGGAUCCAUCUCGAGUUGAGCAGGCACAACAUAUUAUGAGUUAUGGAAAUUCUUUCCUGGAUAAACAAACUUUCUCACAGUAUGCAGCUUCAGUGAAGGAACUGUGGAAGGAUAGUGGUAUCAGAAUUGCAUUUCACCGAAGAAGAGAAUUUCAGCUUGUUGAUAGUGUGCAGUAUUUUUUUGAUAAUAUAGACCGAAUUGCAUCUCCAGAUUAUACUCCCACUCAACAAGACAUUCUACAUGCUCGAAAAGCAACCAAAGUUAUAACUGAAUUCACCAUUACGAUUAACGAAGUGCCCUUCUGCUUCAUUGAUGUAGGUGGCCAACGGUCACAAAGGCAAAAGUGGUUCCAGUGUUUUGAUUGUGUCACUUCCAUCCUGUUUUUAGUGUCUUCCAGUGAGUUUGAUCAGGUGCUGCUUGAAGACCGAUCUACAAACCGCCUUUUGGAGUCAAGAAACAUUUUUGAAACAAUCGUCAAUCACAGAGCAUUUUCAGAAGUGUCUUUUAUCUUAUUUCUAAACAAGACUGACCUCUUAAAACAAAAAGUAGAAAACAAAACGUCCGAUAUUUCUUUAUAUUUCCCUGAAUUUGACGGUGAUCCUUUUAAUUUGGAGGAUGUACAGAGAUUCAUUUUGAGAUUAUUUGAAUCAACUAGAAGGGACCCAAAUAAGGGGAUUUUUCAUCAUUAUACUACUGCCAUAGAUACAGAAAAUAUCAAAGUAGUGUUUAAUGCUGUAAGAGAAUCAAUAGUGCAAAGAAAUAUUACACAGCUGAUGCUUCAGUGAAAUUGUUAAAAAUUUUCUAUGUAUAAAAAUUGUACAGCUUUUUUAUACAGAUUUUAAAUACUAGAGGCAAUAUAUAAAUACUUUCCACAUGUUUUACAUUCCAAGUUUUUGGUUAUUUUUUUUCUUUAUACAAUUUGUAGUUCAUAAUUUGAAAUCAGUUGAGGAGCUUUGCAUGAUUUAUGUACAUAGCUUAUUUAUAAUUGCACACAAUUGAUUGAAACGGUUCUCAGUCAUAUCUUGUAAGCAUAUAUCUUUGUAUAAACAUACUGAAAUGCUCAAUAUGGUGAUUGAGGAAUCGAAGCCAGUAUUAUCAUUUAUGUUUCAUGUGCAAAUAUAGGUAGAUUUUUAUCCUUUGAAGUGCAAUAUUUUAAAUUCCACUUAAAAUUCUUCUAAUUUUGUUUAGGUAGUUAAUCAAAAAAUUAUUUGUAAAUUGUUGAAUUUUUUGAGAAUUUCAAACUUUAGUUGUUAAUCACAAAUGUUGUAUCUAAAUCUAAAUUAUUGUAUUGAACUUUGAUGAUUGUAAUCUGUGGUAUUUUGAAUUGUCAUUGUCCAUUAUUUUAUGAUAAGUUAUUCUAGAAGUAGUUAAUUGAUAAGAAAAUAACAGGAAAGAAGAUAGAUAUUAUAAAUUAUGCAAUUUCAUAGUAUUUAUUCCUGCAAUAUUUAAUCUAUUUACUAUAUAUUAGAAAUUUAAAAACAAAUUAUUUUGAAGUCAAUGAUUGAUAUGUCUGCUUUUAUUUGAUGUAUUUUCCACACAUAUAUCUCUUUGAAGAUUUGCCUCAUACUAUACAAAGUAAAACAGGGUAUGUAGAUGGAAAAACCAUAGUCAUUUUCUGCUUCUAAUUAUGAAGACAAAUCAUAACCAUAUUUAUUGUUUUUUACUUUAUUAGGCAUUUUUUAACAAUUUGUUUUAAACUUGUUAGUUAGGGGUAGUUCAAUUAACUUAGCAGAAAUGGUAGGUAUUUUUGGCUUGUAUGGUAUGAUCUUUCUAAAAUCAUCUUUUUAUAUAUUAAAAAAAUUAAGCAAUGCAUAUCUGAUUUUCUUAUUCUUUACAAAUCCAAAUAAAUAACUACUAACUGAGCAGCUACCCAUAUUUGUGAUUCUUAUCAGUUCUUAGUACAAAUUUUUGUUUUUGCUCAAUUCAUGAAAUGUAUGCAUGUCCAUAUCAACAUUUUUGCAUGAAAUGUAUUCUUUCUGAAUAAUUUUUUUGCAUAUAUGUUUAAUUUUAAAUGAUUUAAUGAUAAAAAGAAAACUGUGAUAUAAAUUUAAUUAAUGAUGUUACAAAUUGCUACAUUAUAUGUUGUAAAAAAGUACUGAUUUUAAAAUGAAUGAGCUUGAAGUACUGUAUAAAGUGUACUUUGUUUCAAGUGAAGCACAGUUUUUCUGUACUGUUCCUAUUAUUUCAUAUAUUUAUAUGAAUGUAUAUAUUUAUUUAUAUUACCUACUUAAUUUUUUUACAGAAAAAAAUGCAUUCCUUAAAUAUUAUGGUGCAAAUAGAUAUAUGGUGCAAAAGUUAUUAUUAAGAAAUAAUUUUAUAUUUGGUUGUGUGUUUUUUAUUGUUUGUGUUAAAUUUUCUGGAUUUUUUUUUUAUCUAUUUGUUGCAAUAGGAGGAAAUUGAUAUUAUCUGGGAAAUGACAAGAUAAUUUAAUCAUAAUGAAGAAUUUCUAAUUUGAAGAUGUUGAAUUCGAUCAUUCCUUCCCCCUAAGAAAAUUUAUAAAAGUUUUUUUUAAGCUAUUUAUAAUAGAAAAAUGACAUUUAAACAUUCAUCGAUCCUUUUUCUUUUUUUUCUCUGAGUAGCUGCAUUAAAACUUCUGAUUCAAUAAAAUCAGAUAGUCUUAAUUGGUAAAUUGUUACUAUUAUAUAUAUAUUUUAUGUAAUGUUAUUUUGUGAUAUUUUUAUAGGAAUAUAUUAUCCAGAUUUAUUUUCUUUUUUUAUAUCUGUCCUUCUACGCACUCAGUCUUCUGUAAUAUUUUUAAAA